GGCUUUGAAUGGUUUUAAACGAUAUGAAUAUCUGUCUAGUUUUCUCAUCAUACCACCUUAUAUUGCUCUCUGAUGUCAGCGCUGGCAACAUUAGCUUGCCUUUGCCUCCCUCCCCUGCCGAAGCUCUGCCGUUUAAAAAUGUGCAUCUUUAUUUGAGCCCGUCUGUUUGCACUUUCAUUCAUUUGCUGUGCACAUUCAAUGGAUUUUAGGGAGGCAAGAUCGUCGAAGGCUGUGUAAGGAAGCAGGCGCCACUGCUGAUCGGAUAACAAGGUAAUGAUCUGGGACUUCAGAACUCAUCAUCACACUGGUCACAGAAGACUGAUUCUAUUAGGGACUAGUCAGGGGACGGCUGGGAGGCUGUUGUUCCCAGGAUGACAGCUGCCGCUGUGGGAGCGGAGCGAGGUCCCUGAAGGACAGGAACCGAGCAGAGAGAAAGCGGAGAGCCCCGGCGGGACCCACUCGCCAAGAUGAACCUCUGCUGGAGCGAAAUCAAGCGCAAAUCCCACAGCAUCAGGGCUCGUCUGGAAGCUUUCUCUGAUAGCAGUGGGAAGCUCCAGCUGUCCCUCCAGGAGAUCAUUGACUGGCUCACUCUGAAGGAUGAGGAGCUGUCUGAGCAGCUGCCUAUAGGGGGCGAUGUUGGGGCUGUGCAGCACCAGAGAGAUUUUCACAUGGCGUUCAUGGAAGAUAUAAAGUCCAGAGGCCCCUUCAUAUACUCUGUCCUUGAGUCGGCCCAGGAUUUCCUUUCCCAGCAUCCCUUCGUAGAGCCAGAGGAGACACUUCCUGACAGCAAAGAUGUGUCGCCCCGACGGCGGAUCCAGAACGCCAGCCGCUCGGUGUGGAAGCAGGCGAACGUGGCGAGCGACCUGUGGGAGAAGCUGACAGCGCGCUGCCUCGACCGCCACCGGCACAUUGAGCUCACGCUGGAGAGGCUGCUGGAGCUGCAGGCUGCCAUGGAGGAGCUGGCCGGGGCGCUGGACCAGGGGGAGGGGGUGCGGGGGUCCUGGGAGCCUGUCGGUGACCUCUUCAUCGACUCCCUGCAGGACCACAUCGACGCCACCAAGCUGUUUAAGGAGGAGCUGACUCAGGUGAAGGAAGGCAUGAAGCACAUCAAUGACCUCGCUCAUCAGCUGGCCAUCGCCGACGUGCACCUGUCAGUGGACAACGCCCGCGCCCUGGAGCAGCUCAACACCGGGUGGAAACAGCUGCAGGGCUCCAUUGAUGAGAGGCUGAAACAGCUUCAAGAUGCCCACAGAGAUUUUGGACCAGGAUCUCAGCACUUUCUCUCCAGUUCAGUGCAGGUUCCCUGGGAACGAUCCAUUUCCCACAACAAAGUGCCCUACUACAUCAACCACCAGACUCAGACUACCUGCUGGGACCACCCUAAAAUGACAGAGCUGUACCAGGCCCUUGCGGAUCUGAAUAACAUCAAAUUCUCCGCGUACAGGACUGCCAUGAAACUGCGGAGGGUGCAGAAAACACUGCGCUUGGACCUGAUGACCUUGAGCAGCACCUCGGAGGUGUUCCGGGAACACGACCUGCAGCAGAGCGAUCGCCUGCUGGACGUGGUGGAGGUCAUUCACUGCCUGACCAGCCUGUACGAGCGGCUGGAGGAGGAGCGGGGGAUCCUGGUCAACAUCCCGCUCAGCGUGGACAUGUGUCUCAACUGGGUGCUCAACGUCUACGACAGUGGUCGCAAUGGGAAGGUGCGAGUUUUGUCUUUCAAGACAGGACUUGUCUGUCUUUGUAACUCCAAUGUGCAGGAGAAAUAUAAAUAUCUCUUCAAGCAGGUGGCUGGUCCUGGGGGUGGGUGUGACCAGCGGCAGCUUAGCCUCCUCCUCCACGAGGCCAUCCAGAUCCCCCGGCAGCUGGGCGAGGUGGCGGCCUUCGGGGGCAGCAACGUGGAGCCCAGCAUUCGCAGCUGCUUCCGCGUGGCAGCUGGAAAGCCUGCUCUGGAGGUCUCACACUUCCUGGAGUGGAUGAGUCUGGAGCCGCAGUCCAUGGUGUGGCUCCCAGUGCUGCACCGUGUGGCCGUCGCUGAGUCUGCCAAGCACCAGGCCAAGUGCUCCGUCUGCAAGCAGUGUCCAAUCAGGGGCUUCAGGUACCGCAGUCUGAAGCAGUUUAACGUGGACAUCUGUCAGACCUGCUUCCUCACAGGAAGAACCUCCAAAGGCAAAAAACUGCACUACCCCAUUAUGGAGUACUACACCCCAACAACCUCUGGAGAGAACAUGCGUGACUUCGCCAAGACUCUGAAGAACAAGUUCCGGUCCAAGCAGUACUUCAGCAAGCACCCUCAGAGAGGGUACCUCCCGGUGCAGUCUGUGCUGGAGGCUGAGAGCAGUGAAACCCCCAGCUCCUCGCCAAGGCUGCCCCAUGCAGACACCCACUCCAGGAUCGAACACUUCGCCAGCAGGCUUGCAGAGAUGGAAAAUCAGAACUGCUCCUUCUUUACAGACAGCCUGUCUCCUGAUGAGAGCCUCGACGAGGACCAGUACCUGCUGCGGCACUCGAGCCCCACCCUGGAGCAGGACUCACUCACAGGGCAGCAGUUCGGAGCCGGGCACCUCCUGGGCAACUUCAACUGUGAGGACAAGGAUGAGCUGGAGAGGAUCCUGGCCCGUCUGGAGAACGAGAACAGGAUCCUGCAGGGGGAGUACCGACGGUUGAAGUGGCAGCAUGAGGAGGCGGCUGCCUCUCCUCAGCUGGCUGAGGGGGCUCCUGGCUCCCCGAUGGGUCUCUGUGACGACGAGCUGCUGGCUGAGGCCCGUAUCCUGAGGCAGCACAAGAGCCGCCUGGAGACGCGCAUGCAGAUCCUGGAGGACCACAACAAACAGCUGGAAUCCCAGCUGAACCGGCUCCGAGAGCUGCUGCUGCAGCCUAAAGAGGAAUCCGAAGCGAAUGAAUCAGCAGCGUCCUCAGUCUCCUCUUCACAGCAGUCCAGGGACAGCCAGAGGGAGGAUCAGUCCAGGGAGACCCCAGAUACAGAGGUCGCAGAUGACGGCCAGGAGCCCCAGGACUCAGUCAUGCGACUGGAGGAGGUGAUUGAACAGCUGAGGAACGUAUUCCCUCCGGACAGUGGUACAACAUCGCUUAUCUAAAGAGCAGCUGUGUCCUGCCUGCUCAGCUUCUAUUUAACUGGGAUCCAGUUCAGAGUCAUCCUUAUCUACAAAACACAGCUCCCACCAAGAGUCAUCCUUAUCUACAAAACACAGCUCCCACC